CACGUUUUUAGAAUGGAUGAAAAGCGGACGUGACGACAGCACGUAGAGGACGUUAAAGGCAAUGCCUUUAAAGCACGCCCCCAAGACUGUGGUCCGGGUGGACUACGAGAUAUAAUGACUGAUGAACACCUUUGUUCGAUAAUGAAGGUUGCCUCAGCUCAAAGCCUGAGCCCCGACAUUAAUGAACUAGCAUCCAAGAAAAGAUGGCAGGUAUCUGGCUUGGGCACAUCAGAUUAGAUCAGUGUGUUGCAAACUGAGCGCAUUGUUAUUUUAUUUUCAAAUGGAAAAAGUUAAUGUUGAUAUUUACCUUAGAAGGCUGCAAAUAGAAAAGAGGCAUUCCAUUUUUAUUUAAACUGUAUUUGAUUUGCCAUUGAUAUUUUUUUAUUAUUAUUAUUAUUAUUAUUUGAAACUGGAUUUUGCAUGUCACUAUAAAGUUAUAUAAGCCUUGCUUGUUCAAUAUUCAAUGCAAAACUUGUUUGGGUCCCUAUUAAAAGGUUAAUUUGUUCAACCUUGGCCCGCGGCUUUGUUCAGUUUUAAAUUUUGGCCCACUCUGUAUUUGAGUUUGACACCCCUGUUUUAGACUCACAAGUGAGCGUCUAGUCACGGACGCUUGGUAAAAAUGGGUCAGUAGUUUGAAAAAAAAAAAAUGCAGCGGAAAUACAUUUUUCGCAUUUCAGCCUAACACCAUUGUUUCUGACUUGCAAACCUCCUCGAGACUUAGUGGAAAGACGAUCACAACGAUGGCGGAGCUGACUGCACUUGUGCUUCUCUGCGCUUUGGUUCUGAGUCAAUCCUACGUUCCGAUAACACUGAGCCUGGUGGAAGUUGGCGUUAACGUCACUUUGGCAUGCCCGCGCUACGACGAUAGAGGUGACAUAUUUUACUGGUACAAGAUGAAAUUCGGCUCAAUGGUCCAAACCAUUGUGGAGGGGUAUUUCGGGGAAAUGUCCCUUCGAGGACCGUUCAAGGACGGAAGAUUUGUGAGCGCGCGUACGGGUGACAUGUACGUUUUAAACAUCACAAACGUACGCAAAGACGAUGAAGCGAUGUACACCUGCCAAGCUGGGACCUCAUACAACAUGGUGUUCACCGGUGGCACGCAUCUGGUGGUGAAAGACCCCAGACGCAAGUCCUUCCAGGUGAGACAAAUUCCGCAAAGCAAGUCGGUCAAAGGGGGCGAGUCUGUGACCAUCCAGUGUUCCGUCCUCGCUGAGAGCAAAGAAUAUUUCCGCCAAUGUCCGAACCAAAGCAGCGUCUACUGGUUGAAGUCAGGAUCGGGAGAGUCUGAUCCACACAUCAUUUACUCCGACAGUGAUGAUGAACAAAACCCAAGAAGCUGCGUCUAUCACCUCUCUCUGACUGUACUCAACUCCUCUGACACCGGAACAUAUUACUGUGCCGUAGUCACGUGUGGACAGAUCCUGUUCGGACAAGGAACUCAUGUGGACACACAACAAGACGUGAAAGCAGCUGCCGUUUUGCUGAGUGCUCUGCUGGCCUCCUUCACUGUUGUGGUCACUGUUUUAGUUGCUUAACUUGUAUUUUAUUUUUACCAACAGUAGUAUUUUUUUUAUAAUUUCAUACACAUAAUUCUGUAACGGAACGUUUGCUUUUUUUUUUCCCAAGAUGACGCUGCUGUCGUGGCUGCUGGUGGCAGGAGCUCAUCCUUUUGUGUUCCUGAACUGUUUUUAACUUUUAAACUGUUUUUAUCUAACAAACUGUUCUUAGGGUAAUUUAUAUUUCUUUUUUAAUUGUGUAUUUUUAUUUCUGAUUUAAAUGUUAUUUUUUAGUCUGUCCUUUGCCUCUAUUUCUUUGUGGUGUACAUCCCUUUGUUUUUCAACUGUGCUUGUUUUUAAAGGGCUUUAUAAAAAAAGUUGG